AUGGAUCUCCGGCGAGGUUCCGUAUCCCUCUUCAUUCUCUUUCUCCUUGUUUCCGUCGGCGUCGGAAAGAAGCAUAAAAUCUCCGGUCCGAUCAAAACCGUGGUGGUCAUCGUCAUGGAGAAUCGCUCCUUCGACCACGUCCUCGGGUGGCUCAAAGCCGAGCACCCUGACAUCGACGGCCUCGACGGCGCCGAAUCCAACCCUCUCUCCGUCGAGGACGCCGACUCCCCCACCGUCGCCGUCUCCGCCGACGCCCUCUUCAUCGACGUCGAUCCCGGCCACUCGUUCCAAGCCAUCCGCGAGCAAAUCUUCGGAUCCAACGACACAACCCUAAUUCCGGCCCCUAUGAAUGGCUUCGCGCAGCAAGCCGAGUCAAUCCAACCCGGCAUGGCCAAAACCGUCAUGAGCGGCUUCAAACCCGAAACCCUCCCCGUCUACACCAAACUCGCUACCCACUUCGCCGUUUUCGACAAGUGGUUCGCUUCGGUUCCGGCCUCGACCCAACCAAACCGAUUCUACGUCCACUCCGCCACUUCCCACGGCGCCAUGAGCAACGUCCGCAAGGACCUCGUCCUUGGCUUCCCCCAGAAAACCAUCUUCGACUCCCUUAACGAGAACGGCCUAACCUUCGGCAUCUACUACCAAAACAUCCCCGCCACGCUCUUCUUCAAGAGCCUCCGCAAGAUCAAGAACGCGUUCAACUUCCACGACUACGCCCUCAAGUUCAAGAAGCACGCCAAAAAGGGGAAGCUCCCGAACUAUGUGGUGGUGGAGCAGAGGUACUUCGAUGUGGAGAUUUUGCCGGCCAACGAUGACCACCCCUCACAUGACGUGGCGGAGGGGCAGAUGUUUGUUAAGGAGGUGUAUGAGGUUUUAAGGAAGAGUCCUCAGUGGAAGGAGAUGGCGGUGUUGAUUACGUAUGAUGAGCAUGGAGGGUUUUACGAUCAUGUGGCUACGCCGGUGGAGGGUGUGCCUAAUCCUGAUGGAAUCAUCGGGCCUCCCCCUUAUUACUUUGGGUUUGAUAGGUUGGGGGUGAGGGUGCCCACGUUUCUUAUCUCGCCUUGGAUCGAGGAGGGCACUGUGAUUCAUGAAGCAGAGGGCCCAACCCCAUAUUCUCAGUAUGAGCAUUCGUCCAUUCCCGCCACAGUGAAGAAGCUUUUCAAUUUAAAAUCCAAUUUCUUGACGAAGAGAGAUGCAUGGGCUGGUACCUUUGAAAAGUACUUUCAGGUUCGAGAUACUCCUCGUGACGAUUGUCCAGAAACCCUUCCGGAGAUCACAAAACUGAGGGAUCAUGGACCCAGGGAAGACUCAAGUCUUUCAGAAUUCCAGAUGGAACUGAUCCAGCUUGCAUCUCAGCUCAAUGGUGAUUAUGUGCUAAACUCUUACCCAAACAUUGGUAAAACUAUGACAGUGAAAGAAGCAAACAGGUAUGCAGAAGAUGCAGUGAAGAGGUUCCUGGAAGCUGCAAAAACUGCUCUUAAAGCUGGGGCUAAUGAAUCAACAAUUGUCACAAUGAGGCCCUCCCUCACAAGCAGAGUUCCCGUGGGAUAUAACAAAAAACACGUAGAAUCAUACUGA